GUUUUCCGGCCCGAUCACACGCCAGUGAAGCUUUGGUACAUCUGGUGGGAAGAUACGAUAUGGAUUGAAGAAAUCCCCCAUGAAGGACAUUACAAGAUAAUACAAAUAAUUCGAUCAGCGUCAAAGCCAAUUCAACAAUCGUUGAUGCACGCACUGCCUCUUCAGGAGGAGUUCAACGAGAUCGAAAACGUCUUUCUGCCCGUCAGCCACGAGAUGAAGUACGGGUACAUUAGCCACAGAAAAGAAAAGACUUUGCACAAGGUGGAUCUGCACAGCUUGCGGGUAAUAAGUCAAGUCAGUCUGGCACCGUAUGAUUGUCAUCCUCUCUCGCUCGCUUUUGUAGAAAAGGUUGGACUCGUUGUUAUUCAGUGCGGUCAAUCCAACAUCAGCCAACCGGAUUCACAGCUGAUCCUGGAUUAUUUAAGUGAUACCGUGUUGAGCUUUGACACAGGAAUUCAUGGAAUUCCCACAGUAAGCGCUAGCAAUCAGUAUAUUGUGUCAGUGGAACCAACAUUGGGACGAUUUUUUGUGCAAAAGGUUAACAGCAAAGAAGUUACCUCGAUGCACUUCAUCGACGAGUACCUACCGCUUUCCGCCUGGACAACCGAUUUUUCAACCACUAACAAUGUUCUACUCUUCGGCAUCUCGUCGUUCAGCGAACAACUUGUCAAGGUUAACAUAACUUCUAAGGAGGUAAGUUGAUU